CAGCUUCCGCCGCCCUAACUGCGCUUGGCGGGUGCGCGGGGCCCAGCCAGGUUCACGAACGGCACUGUGGGCAGGAUGUUUGGUGCCGGGAACCAAGAGCCAGGGUGCUGAAUGAUCGUCCCCCGCCUUCGGGGUUGCUGUGAGUCUCUGGGAAGGUCCCUCCAAGUGCCAGCCCAGGUGGAGGCACACCUGGAAGCCAUUUUCAAGAACCUUUGCCACAGGUGUAAAAGACUCCAGGCCCGAGAAGAUGCUGAAACAGAUACUGUCGGAGAUGUACAUAGAUCCUGAUCUGCUGGCAGAGCUCAGCGAAGAACAGAAACAGAUCCUGUUCUUCAAGAUGAGAGAGGAACAGAUCCGCCGAUGGAAAGAAAGAGAAGCAGCGAUGGAAAAAAAGGAGUCCCUGCCAGUGAAAUCCAGACCAAAGAAAGAGAACAGCAAAUCUGUUCAUUGGAAACUGGGAGCCGAUAAGGAAGUCUGGGUGUGGGUUAUGGGCGAACACCAUCUAGACAAACCCUACAACGUGCCCUGUAAUGAAGUCGCUGCUGAGAGCACCCAGCCCAAAGCACAGCAGGAAGCGGAAGAGCUCAGCAAAGCUCAGUCCAAAGAUUUCACCAAUAGCUUGACCACAAAAUCACACUACUGUGAUCUGCAAACACCAGGUACCUGGGAGUCUCCGAACAUCUGUAAGAAAGAGGCAGGACAGGAGGAAGCGGACCCAGGCUCGAGACCAGCACCGACCCUUAAAGAAGAGAAAACCCCAUCACCCUCCAGUUCCUCAAGAAAUAUUCAACAAAUGUUGACAGAUUCUAUCAAUCGUAUGAAGACAUAUGGAUUUCACCAGAAGAAAGAAUCCACGAAGAAAACACAAGAUGAAGAAAUAAAACAGAUAGAUGAAGAGAGAACCAAGCAGAUUUAUAAGAGCUGGAAGGAAGAUUCGGAGUGGCAGGCAUCUUUGCGAAAAUCCAAAGCGGCUGAUGAGAAGAGACGCUCCUUGGCUAAGCAAGCACGGGAAGACUACAAGAGGUUAUCCCAAAAUGGAAGGAGCAGUGAGGGACUGCAGAGCCCCCCAAGUGUUCCUCUGAAACCAAAGAGACCCCCCCUUCCACCCAAGCCGAAAUUCCUGAACCCAGCGGAAUAUCCUCCCAAGCCUUUCAGAAAUCAGGGAGUGACAAGGACAGCACCCAGCUCUGCCCAGGAGGACAUCAUCCGAUGGUUUAAAGAGGAGCAGCUACCCCUGCGAGCAGGCUUCGAGAAGACCUCCGACGCCAUAGCCCCCUGGUUCCAUGGAAUUCUCACACUAACGAGAGCGAAUGAACUUCUGAGCACGUGCAUGCCAGGCAGCUUCCUGAUCCGAGUCAGUGAGAGGAUCAAGGGCUAUGCCCUGUCCUACCUGUCCGAGGACGGCUGCAAACACUUCCUCAUCGAUGCCUCCACCGACUCCUACAGCUUCCUGGGCGCGGACCAGCUGCAGCAUGCCACCCUGGCGGAGCUGGUGGAGUAUCACAGGGAGGAACCCAUAACCUCCCUGGGGAAGGAGCGCCUCCUGUACCCCUGUGGUCAGCAGGGCCAGCCUCCUGACUACCUGGAGCUCUUUGAGUGACAGCCCCCAAGGUGUCAUCCUGCAGCCCCUGGCUGGGCUUUCCUGUGGACAGACACGGCUGAAAUGGACGUCUGUGUGUGAAGCCAAAAUGACCCUGCUGCAGAGCCAGUCCUGAUCAGCCAACAAUAUCCUUGCGGUCCUACAGAAAUCCCUCUUCUGCACACACACUGGAGUUUGAUGCUAAGAGGAGAUCACCUCUGCAUCGUAUGCACUCCGAAAGUGAAGGGAGAUUCCCCAUUUCAGCAACUGCUUAACAUGAAGGAUACACCCUCAAUAAUGUAUGGAAGGCAAAGUGAACAAAGAAGAAACUGGAGACUUUGAGGAAUGAAGGUGUUCUUUAAAAGCCAGUAGCUCAUGGGAACUAUUUCACGGCCUCCACACUCUCCUUUUGCAUCAUCUGAAAAAGUCUCAGGGCCUGUUUAUAUGAAGUUACAUGCUGUCUUUAGGGAGCUGGCAAUAGAAGCCUUUAUGGACGGCUGAGAUGACUCUCCAAACACACUUCACUUUUUGUGCACAUUGGAGCCAGGAUGUAAGAGACAUAGCAAAACAAAGCCGGGAAUGGAAGUUGAGUGCGUUUAAAGUAUAGGGUGAGGGGCUUAACAGGGACAAAAACACCGCGGACUAGGAGAGCGAGCUGGUGUCUGAGUGUCCUCAUCCUGGAGAGCCAGGACACGUUGCCCGUCUACCUUGGCUCUAUCCAGAGUGCACCGGGGAUGGAGUCUGUGCACAUGUGAGGUCCUACGUGUUAGUGGUGACUGACAUGAACACAAUAGUGAGCUGUGUGGAUGCUACUUCUUGUGGGUUAAACUGUGUCCCCCAAAAGAUAUGUGGCAGUCCUAGCCCCCCAUAUCUGUGAACGUGACCUUAUUUGGACAUGGGGUCUUUGCAGAUGUAAGCAAGUUAAGAUGAGGUCAUACUGGACUAGGAUGGGCCCCAUAAUCAAUGCCUGGCAUCUUUGUAAGGAGAGAGGGAUUUGGGAACAGAGGCUCGCAGAGAGAAGGCCAUCAGAUGACAGCAGAGACUGGAGUGAUGCAGUUGUAACCCAGGGAUGCCAGGGACCACUGGCGACCACCAGGAGCUAGGAGAGCCGCAUGGACAGGCCUUCAAAGGGAACGUCGCCCCGCUGACGCGUUGAUUUCAGACUUGUAGCCUCCAGAACUAUGACAGAACAAAUUUCUGUUGUCUUAAGCCACUGAGCUUAUGGUAGUUUUUAUGGCACCCCUAGAAAACCAGUACAGACAUUUAUGUAAUUACAGAACCCGAUGUGCAUUAUAUACCAUACAAAUGGGAGAUGUACAAUUGCAGACAGGCACCCCGCCCUCCUCAUAAUGAAGGGAAAAUAGGAGAUGAGAAGAACCUCCCACUGGCUCUGUUUAGCUCAGGACAAGAAUUGCUCAGUCAGGAAUCUUCUGCCCCACUGCACCCUACCCCCACCCCAGCCUCCAUCAGGGGGAAGGCCUGACCGAGGAGGCUCGGGGUCACUGAUAUCAUUCUCUGGGAAGAUGGAGAUCUACUCAGACUUCAGGCCUGCCUCCCCGCAUCAGCAGGAGGAAGCAGAAGGUGGUAGCACUUUGUUCCCGAGGUCGUUGGUUGUCUAAAGCACUCGCUGACAAUGUAAAAUGUAACCCACAAAGAGGGCGGGGUGCCUGUCUGUGCAUAUAUAUGUGCGAGUGUGUAUGGGCGGAGAUGUGUACUUUAGUGAGGAAGUGUUUAAACACAGAGUUGUUAUGUUUCUUCAAAUGCUCCAUGUGUUUUCUAUUGUCUGAGAGACAACUGUCAGUGAGCGUCUAAGAGUGUCUCUCCGCUUCCUCUCUGUGACUCAGCGACCAUGACGUGACAGGAUUGCAGAGAUGGCGCCGGGCCGGAAGCCAGGAACUUCUGUUCCCGCCUCUUCCCACCAUGAGCUCUGUGGUCAUGGAUAGGUCCCCUCACCUCUCUGAACCUCACCUUCCACUUCUAAUGAAAUAAAACAAGGGAUUUUAACUCGA